GCGAAAAGCUGCAUCGCCUCAUUCACAAUCAUCGAUGCAUCCCGGAUGUCACUCGCAGCAACGAAGCGCGCGUGCGCGUUCGCAUACUCUGGCCUGGUGUAGCAGUACACCAUGAAUCCUGGAGACACAUCGAUCACCUCAGCACCUCGCUCGCUUCUCUGUCAUAAGCACAUGAUGAACUCCAAGGCAGCUCCAGGAAAGGCCAAGGCUAGGGGCGAGGGCGAUGGCGUUGUCGGGUCGGUGAAGGCGACGAAAGUCGUGAAGAAGAAGGAGCCCAAGGCGAAGGCGGAACCCAAGAAGAAGCUGCCCAAACAUCUGCGCCCGCUACCAAGCGACCCGCUGUCCCGUCUCAACAGCAUCAUCCAGCGCUUGAACCUCCCCGCCCCGACCGUUCACAUCGACAUCGUGACCGAGACCCGAUAUCGCUUCACCUAUGUCGUCAGCAAGAACGCCAACAACCAAGACACCGAGAAAGGUAACAAGGAGAACAUCAAGCCUGAUAUCCUCUUCGAAGCAAGCGGAGACAUGUGUGCCACACGCCAGGAGGCUCAGAUCGACUCUGCUACCAAGAUCCUCCCAGCCUUAGAGGCCAUGCUGUUCUCCUCAGCUGCUGGCGCGAACGACACGGCUACUACCACGACUGCCACCACGAAUGCCACCACGAAUACCACCGCGAAUACCACCACGAAUGUCGUUACGACUCCGGUCAUCACUGCUCCCACUUCCCAGUCAGCGGCUCCGUCGUCUUCCGCGGCAACAUCUCACAUCUACCGGUCCUUCGUUUGGGAAGAAGAGGAUGAAUUGGAUUGGGACAUGGACAGUCUAGGAGGAGAGGAUUGACAUAGCGGUCUAGAGGAAUGAGAGAAUGGAGGAGAAUCAUGAACGAUAGCGAUACGGAAAAUGUUGAGCCGAAGCACAAUCAGGGACAAGCUAGCAAACAUUGGGGGAUCAGCAUGAUACGAAAGCUGAGCUGCUGCAUUGCUGUAUCUCCUCAGCUUUUGCCAAAUGUGCGUGGGUGGUGGCCAUGCAUGAUUCCAUGUUUCUCAACUCUGACAUUCCAAAGUUCAUCAAGAUGGAUGCCGAGAUAGUUACGAAGCAGAACAAGCACACCGAAAUCAACUAUUCUCGUCUUCGAGGGAAGAAGAGAAUGCCGAGGAUGGAGUUUGCUGAGACAUAGUCUGGACAGGCAGUCAUCAUCAAUGGCAGUGAACGCUUUUCCAACGCG